GGCGGGCUCGCGCGGCAGCAUGGAGGAGCUGAGCAGCGUGGGCGAGCAGGUCUUCGCCGCCGAGUGCAUCCUGAGCAAGCGGCUCCGCAAGGGCAAGCUGGAGUACCUGGUCAAGUGGCGCGGCUGGUCCUCCAAACAUAACAGCUGGGAGCCAGAGGAAAAUAUCUUGGACCCAAGGCUGCUCCUGGCCUUCCAGAAGAAGGAACAUGAGAAGGAGGUGCAGAACCGGAAGAGAGGCAAGCGACCCAGGGGCCGGCCAAGGAAGCACACGGUGGUGUCCUGUAGCCGGCACUCCAAGCUCAAGGAACCUGACGCGCCCUCCAAAUCCAGCAGCUCCUCUUCUUCUUCCACGUCUUCCUCCACCUCCUCCGAUGAAGAGGACGACAGUGACUUAGACGCCAAGAGGGGUCCCCGGGGCCGCGAGACCCACCCGGUGCCUCAGAAGAAGGCCCAGAUCUUGGUGGCCAAACCCGAACUGAAGGACCCCAUCCGGAAGAAGCGAGGCCGCAAGCCCCUGCCCCCGGAGCAGAAGGCGGCCCGGAGACCCGUGAGCCUGGCCAAGGUGCUGAAGACCGCCCGGAAGGACCUGGGGGCGCCGGCCAGCAAGCUGCCCCCUCCGCUCAGCGCCCCCGUGGCAGGCCUGGCCGCUCUGAAGGCCCACGCCAAGGAGGCCUGCGGUGGCCCCAGCGCCAUGGCCACCCCGGAGAACCUGGCCAGCCUGAUGAAGGGCAUGGCUGGCAGCCCCAGCCGGGGCGGCAUCAGCUGGCAGAGCUCCAUCGUGCACUACAUGAACCGAAUGAGCCAGAGCCAGGCCCAGGCCGCCAGCAGACUGGCCCUCAAGGCCCAGACCGCUGGCAAGUGCGGCCUCGGGCUGGACCUCAAGGUGAGGACGCAGAAGGGGGAGCUGGGGAUCAGCUCCCCAGGAAGCAAAGUCCCAAAGGCCCUCAGCAGUGGGGCUGUGGAGCAGAAAGGGGGGAGUGCAGGGGGGCCCCCCUAUGUCCACAGUAGCAGCAGGGGCCCUGCCGGGUGCCUGGGCCCCCAGCCUAUACCCACCCAGGAGCUGAGCCUCCAGGUCUUGGACUUACAGAGUGUCAAGAACGGCACGGCGGGGGUGGGCAUGGUUGCCCGCCAUGCCACAGCCAGCAAGGGUGCCCCUGCCGCCUGCCCGGCGGCAGGGAAGAGCGCGGGGGGCGGCCCCACAGCGGGGAGUGGGGCCACCAUGCCCUCUGAUGGCAGCAAUAGUGAGAAGCCGCCUUCCAGGGUGGCGGCUCUGCCCUCCUCUGCGGGCAGGAGGGACUGCGUCCGGGGCAGCUUGGCCCCCAGCAGUCAGGAGGGCCACACGGCCCCCGGGGAAGCACGCAAGACGGCCUCGCCUGGGGAGCCGAGUGCCGGGGAGGAGAGCAGCUCCGACUCAGAGCCCGGCUCAGCCUCACCGCCCGGCACCGCACAAAACCCAUCUGUGUCCGUCCAGACCAGCCAGGACUGGAAGCCCACCCGCAGCCUCAUUGAGCACGUCUUUGUCACCGAUGUCACUGCCAACCUCAUCACGGUCACCGUGAAGGAGUCUCCCACCAGCGUGGGCUUCUUCAACCUGAGACAUUACUGA